ACUACAAAAAUAUGGCUAGUACACAUGCUGAAGGAACUUCUCAUUUCUCACAAGAGGAAAUCGAAGAAAAGUUUGUGAAAUUCCUUAGCCAUGAGCUAGAAAAUAACACUUCUAACUGGAAAGAAUUCUAUAAAGUAUUGGAAGAAGCAUGCAACCAAGAAAAAGAGAAAGAAAAGCAAGCACCAAAGUGUGACUGCAAAAAGAAUAACAUGAAACAAGAGCGUACUGCCAACCAUACCUUUAAGAGUCAUUCAGCAUUCAAAAUCAAUACAGAACGUACGAAACAACAGUACAAAGAAAGAGACAAUUCUAAUGCUUUCAGUGAAAAAUACUGUACUAGUGCGUUUACACAAAAAGAUGAAAAUAAUCACAAUGCACAGGGCUUUAAUUUCUCAAGAGGUUCAACACAACAAAAUAACUUUCAAUCAAAUCAAGAUGAAUCUGCAGAAACAGAAAACUCCUAUAGAAGCAUGCCUCAUAAAAAUACCGAAAGGACAAAAAACCUACCAGAUGAAAAACCGUGCAAAAAAAAUAGGCAACGUAAGAAACAAGCCUGCAAACAAAACCUUAAAAAAGAUGCUGAAAAUAAUGCAGUAUUUAAUAAUAUUCCUAAUGGUAGUAAUGAUACCUUCAAGACUGAAGGACAAGCUGAUCCUGACAUGAAUUUCAGAUAUGACAAUGAUAAUUUCUACACUGAAAGUUUUAAAGUUUGGUUUGAGAAAUUCCUUCAAGUUGUUAAAAGAGCUGGGUUUUUUGUUGUCUGCUUAAUAAUUAUGUUUCUAUGGAUAGUAGUAAAGUUUUUGUUCCACACUGGUAUGUUUUUGAUCAAGAUGUUGUUAUGGGUAUUUCUUUUGAUUAUUGCAAGGUGUAUUUAUUAUGCUGUUGUAUUUAAUGCGAAAUAUCGGAUCACAUCCAAAAUUCGUUUGUUUUUCUUUACCAUUCUCGAAAUCUUCCAUCUCGUGACAGGAUUCAAUGUAAAUAAUUACUUCCAAAAAAAAAAUUCAAAGCUGGAAAGUGAUAACGAAGAUGAAGCAAUUGAUUUUCCUACUUCUUCAAGCGAGGCUGUCAGACACCUGCUUCAGCAAAAAGAAAACAAACCGUACAGAACACUUUGUCUGACAAGAAAUGCAUCUAAUGCAGACAUCAAAUCAAAUUACAGAAAGUUGGCUUUGCUUGUUCAUCCAGACAAAUGUGAAGACAACAAAUCAGACGAUGCAUUUAAAGUUUUAGACGCAGCUUUUAAAAAGAUAUCUGAUACAGAAAAACGUGAAGAAACAGCUGCGGAGGAGGAACAACGAAAGCAAUGGGAUGCAUUUAGUAAACAAUAUUCUGACGAUUUCCAAAAAAUGUUCGAUGAGAUGAUAAACACCUUACCCUGUUCAAAUUGUGAUGGAAGACACCCUAAAACCUUGAUGAAGGACAGAAAUUUCCUAUCAGCACGGUAUUGUAGAAAGUGCAAUACAAGUCAUGCAGCGAAUGAUGGAGAUUUGUGGGCAGAAACGAACAUGCUGGGUUUGAACUGGACGUGUUAUGCAUGUCUGGAUGGUGAAAUAUACGAAUUAACUGAUUGGGCGAGAUGUCAAAAUCUGCACACUGUCAUACCUGCGAACUCUCAUCGAGUUCCAUGUCGACUCGGUGGUAUACCUCGAACCCGACGUCACAGACCUCAUGAACACCAGGAAUAUUCUGAAUCAACAUAUCAGAAAAAGAAGAAAGGACGCAAAGGUCGUAAAAGAAGGUGAAGACACAGUGGAAAAGUGGUUUGCUUGCUUUCUAUACACUGGAGAAGUGUUUUGCUUGCUUUCUAAGCAUAGUGGAGAAGUGUUUUGCUUUGUAAUUCGCGAGUGCUUGUGAACUUUUUUAGUUAUGCACAUGUAAACAAUUUUGAUAGACACAAUGGACUUUCCCUUAUUCGGAACGAAAGUUCACCGGAUGUAUUUUUUAGAUUCGAAUUAAUUUAAAGCCGAGUGGCUCGAUCAUUUUUGAGUCGUGUUUCGCUUUUUUUAUUUUUCUUUUUUCUUAAAAAUUAGAAAAUUAAAUUUGUAUUUUUUUCAUGUGAUUUAAUUAGUUUUGUAUUUCUGCAUUAAAAUAAAUAUUUAUGGUACAA